GUUUUGGUUCCCUUUUUUUAAAAAUAAUGACCUUAGGCCAUUAUUAAUCUGACAAUAAGUGAGGACCUCCCCCAUCUCUUUUAAUCUUCCUUUGCUUUUUACUGUGGUGAACGCAGGUUAAGAAUCUAGUGUGAAGCACUGCUGGGGUUUGGAAAUGCAAGCCAUCAGUGGAAAUAACAGUUUUGACCUCUGCAAAAUGGAUAGUAGUGAAAACUAUCAUUCUCCAUCAGAAACAGAAGAUGAUGUUUAUUUGAAUACACAAUACUGGCAUCCAAAGCCCAAAAAAUACACAGAUAUCUUCGUCCUCAGAGAGUUGAAAAAAGUAAAGUUCUGCAUACCUUCUCUUGGUCUUCUCCUACUGCUCGGUGCUUUAAUGGCACUCUGUGCUGUAGGGAUCUUGUAUCACAAUAAAGUUGUCUCCUUUGAGAUUUUACAUGAGCAGAGUGAGAACGCUACAGUUACACUGAUGAUGCAAGAAAACAAAGCCAAGGAUAAAGAUGUCUCUUUUGAGAUUUUACGUGAGCAGUAUGAGAACGCUACAGCUACACUGAUGAUGCAAGAAAACAAAGCCAAGGAAAAAGAGGGAAUGUAUGAAGCGCUGGAGGUGAAGUAUCAGGAACUCAACGUAUCAUACAACAAAAAAGAGGGAAUGUAUGAAGCGCUGGAGGUGAAGUAUCAGGAACUCAACGUAUCAUACAACAGAAAAGAGGGAAUGUAUGAAGCACUGGAGGCGAAGUAUCUGGAACUCAACUUAUCAUGCAGCAACAAAGAGGGAAUGUAUGAAGCACUUAAGGAGAAGUAUCAGAAACUCAACUUAUCAUGCAGCAUAAAUCAAAGAGGAAGAUGUGUGGAAGGAUGGAAGACUCUUGGUUUAAAGUGUUACUACUUCUCCACUGAGAAACUGAACUGGAUACGGAGUCGAGAUUACUGUGUGGAGAAAGGAGGCCACCUGGUGAUUAUAACCAGCCAAACUGAACAGAAUUUUGCAUCUUCACAAAUUCGUGAAACACACUGGAUUGGCCUGAAUGACUUGGAGACUGAGGGAAAGUGGAUGUGGGUGAACAACCAGCCCUUAAAGGAGACGGAUGUAAAGUUCUGGUUUAGCACUCCAGAGGGACCAAAUGAACCUGAUAACUGGAAAAAAGAGGACCAUUCUGGAGAGGACUGUGCUGCGCUGGGGCAUGAGAUUGGUGACAUAAAUAAAUGGUUUGACGCUUCUUGCCGUAAGCAGAAACGAUUCAUCUGUGAAAAGUAAAACACCACUUUUUUUCACUUUUUGCAUUUUUAUGUGAUUAUCUAAGCUUGUUCAAACCUCUAGACCAUUAGAAGCUGGUAUGAGAUCAUGUAUGUGGCUUUUCUCCUGCUGCCUUGUAGAAAUUUUAACAUUUGACAAGUUUGACGAUCAUGAAUCUCCAGUGUUUAUUUCCUUAGAGACAUGUUAAAAACAAAGCAACUGAACCGUUAUAACCUUGAGGUUUAGUAGUUCCUCUUCAGUUCUGAGUAGUGUGAAAGGCAAUUGUAAUUAUAUCUUAUUCAGAAAAGUCAGAGGAAAUUAUAUCUCAGUCACCUUGACUUAAUACUGGACAUUUUAAAAUGACCUUGAAUCCUGAAAAUCUUCAUUAGUUCUUCAUUUCUUUUACUGUAAUUUUGUAUUCAAUAAAUAUACAGCCGGUGACAAAUUAAAGGAAAACAUGUUUCACAAGAAGA